GUCUGCCCGUGUCCUCAUUGGUCCGCGGGUGCUUUACACAACGGGAUUGGCUGUAAGUAGCUUUGGGGGCUGAUGGUAAACAUUACAGGAAAGUAAGAGAAGCUCCUUCACUUCUUCCAACCAACGGCGCAGGUGUUGAAACGAGAAAAAAAAAUUACAAAAUAAUGAGCUAAAGCGACCCGCCGGGACUCUUUGAUUUACAGCGGCGGGCUUCAGCAGACAUGGUGGAGGUCUUCACCGGGCGGACACUCGUGAAUAAAGACGGGGAUUUAGUCGAUCCCGAUGAGGCGUUGAGGAACAAAGUGGUGGGGAUCUACUUCUCCGCAGGAUGGUGUCCGCCGUGUCGAGACUUCACACCCAUCCUGUGCGAUUUCUACACGGAGCUGGUGGAAGAGGGCGACCCUCCGGCUCAGCUAGAAAUUGUUUUCGUCUCUUCCGACAAGUCGACCCACGACAUGGUUGAAUAUUAUCACGACAUGCACGGAGACUGGCUGGCUCUGCCCUGGACGGACGACUACAAGCAUGAGCUGAAGCAGCGCUACAAGAUCACAGCGGUGCCCAAACUGGUGAUCGUGAAGGAGAACGGCGACGUGAUCACCGACAAGGGCAGGAAACAGAUCCGAGACCGAGGCCUUGCGUGCUUCAGGUCCUGGCUGGACGCCGCGGAAAUCUUCCAGAACUUUAAUGGUUAGCGAAUGAAGACGAGGAGCACGACGAGGAGCACGUCGAGGGCUCCUGGAGCCACCCUGGAGAGCUGGACAAAACAAUAUAAGAAGGGUCUCUAAGGGAUAUGAAAGAGAAAAUUACAUUUCUGUGGCACAACAUUAGAUUAUUUAUUCAGAUUUUAAGACUUUAUUUGCUUUUCUCCUCUCUUUUUUUUGGGUCAAAGAUUGAAUAUGAUUUACUUCUAAAAUCCUUUUGAAUGGAACAAUGUGAGAAGGAAAAGUGCAACUUUGGUUGAAUUGCUCACCAGUCAUGCUUUCAUGAGGGGUUUACAGGUAGAUAUGGAUGUAUUUUAAGGGUUCACAACCCAAAAAGGUUGCAAAACAUUUCUUUAAACAUCCUAUGCAUUAAAGACAAACCUCAGGCAUAUCCACUAUGGUUCAUAUGUGAAAAAAAUAUUUGCUUUAAGGGAAUUGUGCAUUUAAUUUGUAUAAUACAAGCCAGCUACUGUGGUUUCUUUAGAAAAAUACAUUCAUACGUUCUUUAAAAGCUUGUGCACUAACUAAACAUACAGUUAAACCUUGCUUUAUUAAGUAGAUAUGCUUUUGUAUAUUUAAGGUUUGACUUGUAGUUCUACUUUGAGCUGCCUGUAUAUUUUUUUAUGUCAAAUUAGUGGUUU